AUGUAUAGAUUACAAGCGAUUAGCUGUGUUUCCGAGAAAGGAGGAGCAAAACUAAGGACACGCAAUAAAUUGGGUCGUUUGAAAUACAAGAGAAGCCAGCUAUCGCAAAAAUGUCAAGUGUUUGCGGGGAUGUCGGAAGAUCAACGAGAAACGACUCCCACAACAGCUCUUAUCAUUUCCGAAUGUGACCCUGAUGCGGAGAAAGAACAAAAGGAUCCAUUUCCGGAGAUUUUUCAAAAAGAUAUUGACAAAUAUGAACGAUUAAUGGAGGCGCUUGCACACAUACGAAAGGAAGCUCUCCUCGCAUAUCACGCAAAUAAAGGCCAAAAGAGAAGACUCAGACAACAUCUAAGUCAAGCCAAGCUUUUUAUUAGCGAAUAUCGAAAAGAGCUUCAACCAUCAUCUAUGCCCAUAAAAGAGAAACGUGUAAGAAAAGAAGAAACGAAGGAUUCCAUGCUUCCCAAGGAUGUUUUG